AUGGCAGCCGCCAAGCUGAGGGACCUGGCCCUGGGCUGUGUCACCUUUGAGGACGUGGCCAUUGACUUCUCCCAGGAGGAGUGGGGGCUCCUUGAUGAAACUCAGAGGCUGCUGUUCUACGAUGUGAUGCUGGAGAACUUUGCAAUCAUAGCAUCAUUGGGGAGUUUGCAUGGAAGACAGGAGGAGGUGGAGACAUCUUCUGGGCACAGUGUUUCUGUAGGAGUAUCACAGGUCAGGACUUCACAGGCAGGUCCGUCCACCCAGAAGACUCACUCCUGUGAGAGGUGUGCUUCAGUCUUGAACAACAUUUUGCAUUUGGCUGAGCACAAAGCAGCAAACCCUGGGCAGAAACUGUACCUGUGUAGGGUGUAUGUGAGAGCCUUCUGGCUCAGUGCCAGCCUUCCACAGCACCAGAAGCAUCAUAGUGGAGAGAAACCCUUCAGACAAGACGUGGACAGGAACUUGUUUGUGGAGGGCUGCAAAUUCCAAGUAUCGGGGCAGCCCUUUGCCUAUGGGGAGGUUGGGAAGGACUCCCCUGUUUUCUCAGGUCUUUUCCAGCACCAGGCUAUGGCCAACAGUGAGAAGCCACUAAGUGACCUCAAGUAUGGGGACACUUUUCACAGGAGUCUUUACAAAUGGAGUGAACGUGAGAAAGAUUCCAGUCAUAAACAGAUGCCUGAUCACCACCAAAGCAUGUCCACUGGAAAGGGGCUUUGUGGGGUUAGCAAAUGUGGGAAAGCCAUCAGCUGCAAGUACAGACUUGUUCAGCAUCAGGGAAUUCACACCGUAGAAAGACAGUAUGGAGAAAGACGGUAUGAGUGUUGCGAAUGUAGGAAAUUUUUUAGCCAUUAAUCCUCCCUUAGUAGACACCUGAAAGUUCACACUGGAGGAAGGACUUAUGAGUGUAGUGAAUGUGGGAAAUUCUUUACUCAAAAAUAUGGCCUUAUUCAACACCAGAGAGUUCACACUGGAGAAAGGCCUUAUGAGUGCAGUGAAUGUGGGAAAUCCUUUAUUCAAAAACCUGGGCUCAUUCAACACCAGAGAGGUUAUACAGGAGCAAAGCCUUAUGAGUGUGGGGAAUGUGGGAAAUCACUGAGCAAUCGCUCCAGCCUCAUUCUACAUCGGAGAGUCCACACUGAAGAAAGGCCUUACAAGUGCAGCGAAUGUGGGAAGUUCUUUAGGAAGAGCUCACAGCUUAUUGUACACAAGAGAAUUCACACUGGAGAAAGGCCUUAUGAGUGUAGUGAAUGUGGGAAAUCCUUUAGCAGUAGCUCGUACCUUAUACACAAGAGAAUUCACAGUGGAGAAAGGCCUUAUGAGUGCAGUGAAUAUGGGAAUCUAUUUAGGGAUAGAUCCCACCUUAGACCACACAAGAGAAUUCAUACUGGAGAAAGGCCUUAUGAUUGCCUUGAAUGUGGGAAAUACUAUAGCCGAAGCUCAACCCUUACUCAACACCAGAGAAUUCACACAGGAAAAAAUCCUUAUGAGUGUGGCAUAUGUGGGAAGUCAUUUAAGGAUCGCCGUAGCCACAUUCAACAUCAGAGUUCACACUGGGGAAAGGCCUUAUGA